CAACCAUUAUCUGUAGACCUUAGAAAAUCGUAGAUAAAGACACAGGUUUUUAUCAUUUGGUCAGUUCUCGCUGCAAUUACUUUGAAACUGCUCUGUUGACGAUUCGGUAAACGUAUGAUGUUUAUUGUCUGUAAUGGAAGUAUGUAAAGCCACAAAAACGUAUUUUGCUCCUUUCAAAGAUGGCAAGAAAAGACCAGACGUCCUUGAAUUUGACAAAGACGAUGAAAUUGAAAUCCUAGAAAAACAGGGAACGACGUGGUGGGCAGCAAGGAGACUCAAAGAUGGGAAACUGGGAUUUGUUCCUGCUAAGUAUAUGAAGAUAACAAUCGAGAGGCACCCGCAGAUGAUACCGAUAUCUGUUUUAACCACCAAGCUGUAUUUGAACAUGAAAUAGACACAAUGACAGCAGAACGAAAAGUAAAUUCAACCUUUACACAAAUACACAUACGACGCAGGUGAUAAAUAGCUCACCUCACGGGUAGUUUUUCGUUUGUGCGUGUGUGUGGUAGCGUGGCUUAGUUACGUCACGUUUUGA